AUGACGUCGUUACUCUGGGAUAGUUUCCAUUCGUUUCUCCAGCAAACGCGUUUUGAAAACAUCGAGUCGCACGAUGACGCGGGAACCAGCGACUUGGAGACUGCCGUUGACGAAGCCUCUCCCGCUGAGCGUGCAUUUUUGCUGAAGCGUCUCUGUGAGGUUUGCGUUGAAAGGCCUCUGGCGGGAUCCCGUCUGCACCUUUUCGUGACAGUUUUGAGGCGUCUCCUUUGGACAGCGUUGCUCGAAAUGGGUUACUGCGAGUUUCCAGAUCGCAAGGAGUCAAUAAAGGCACCCGUCUCGCGUGGGCUCCAUUCCAAGCGCGCGCCCAAACGUAGACGAGUUAAUAUUGGGGCUGCUCUGGACUCCGAGGCAGUAAGCGUUCACGGAAACGCUGCAGCUUUCGAAGAGCCCGAGAGCGACGAGAUUCAGCCCUCAGCGGGUGAGCUCGUCGAGCCGACGCCGGCAAAUCGCGGCGAACCCAAGGACGAGCUCCACUGGGACUCCUGGCCUCCCCCCGAGCAUGUCGUUACAGCUUGGCUUGUUCAGGCCACAGAGUCGAGCUUCCAGGAAUGCUGGCCGCUGCCGAUUGACGAAUGGCUCGUCGUCGUUCGCGAGUCACCGGCUUCGAAGCAGCUCAAAGCUGCCACCGCCGAACGAGCCCUUCUAAGGAUGCGAGAAACACGCCGUCUACCACCGCCACUGAUUGCGGCAUGGCUGCCGCUGCUCAUGCUCUCCGGAACACGUCGCGUUCUGCUUGAAGAGGCGCUUUCUAGCCUUCUGGCUCGCGACCGACUCGACAUUCCACAAUCUGUGCUCGAGCUAGCCUUUCGGCGAGAUACAGCUUACGCCAAAGCACUUUUGCGUAUCGCGCGUGGAAUACAAUAUCCGCAUCCCAUCUGGCAUCGAGAGGCCGGGGCUGUGCUUUUUCUACUCGUCGCGAGCAUGCCAUCGUUCCAUGCAACCUGUACACAUUUGUUAUUGCGAAAGAUUACGGAAUACCUGGAGGAUUUGAUCCGAACCGAGCGAACAAUCUUUGCUUUCCCCAACAUGGAACGCCCGCGUUCACCGACACAAGCCUGCAUGAUCAUAGCGUGCAGCAAACCGGAACUUUUGGAAACCAUUUUGGACCUCAUGAGCGCCUGCUUGGAUGCGAACGUUGUAUGGCCAGACUCAGACUUGGCGCUGUUUCCCAGCGACGCCUUGAAAAAAGCCCCGCUUCGGACAGAUGUAGCCGCCCGGAUUUUGGAGAGAAUAGCCGUAGCGCCUUCGCGGCGGCUUCCGCUCAUGUCCUGGCAACGUUUGCUUCUCGGUGCGACGGCGACACAACCACAGGCUUUUCUUUCGGAGCGCAGCCGUCAAUUGCUCAAGGAAUACGUCGUCCGUCCGGAGACAGUGCCAUUCUUGCGCAAGCUCAUGCGAUACCUCCCGGAUCUGGCCGAAACCGCCAUCUACCAGUGCCGCAAACUGCUGUUCCAAGCAUCAAGCGUGGGCCAGAUUCCUGUUGCGCGUGCACUAGCUUCCAUGGUAGCUUUUCUGGGAACGCAAGAACAACCCAGGCAACCGAAUUUCUGCUCUGGAUCGCACAAACGUUCGGAAUUGGUGUCCCUCGGUCAACUGCUCCCCGAUUUCAUGCUCCUUUCGUUGCGAAUUCUGCAACAGGGCUCAGCGCAAAUGCGGCGCGUCUGGUACGAAACCAUCAUAGAGGAAGUAGAAGGAAACGGCUUGGCGCCGGCCGUCGUUGGCAUCUUGCGAACCCAUUUUUAUCGAACAUUUUUCACCGCAACAUGGAAGCCCUCUGCGCCAGAGAUCGAGUCUCCCUUGAGGCCAGGCUCGCACUGGAUCGACGACGAUGCGGCGAGUUUGCUUUGCCUACUCGCGCUUGGACACGAUAUGGAAGGCUUCGACGAUUUUGUUGCCCGACUGAGCUACAUGGACCUUAGCCACCUCGAUAUACCGGCAGAUGUUGGGGACCAGCCUCUCGACGAGACCGAUCGCGGCGUCCUAACUCGGCUGCUGCAGACCAUUGAAACCGCCAUCGUCAUGUGGCCGAUCCUUCACGUCGCCGAGAUCCCGGACUUAUCGCCGGACUCGACACCGGGCACUGUCGCGCAGCGCCGCCACCGAGCAGCCUCAACAUCGGCAGGCGCAGACGAUGCAGCCGCUGCAGGUGAAGUGAUUGGAGCCUCACCAACUGGGAGUCACGAGUCGCAAAAUCAUUCACCUGGAGUGCCCGUAAGUCCAAGCCCCAAUCUUGAUCAUCUCGGAGCGUUCCAGGUCGCUCAUCCUGGUGGCGCUGCCAUCCGUAAUGACGACCUCGAUUUAGGCGUCACCGAGCUGGCGUCUCGGCGAGAGCGGCCAACGCCCGCUGGGCGGUGUCAGCAACCUUACCGACACGCAGACAUCCAUGGAGAGAACGAGUCGGCACCAGCAAUCGCGUCUGUUCCGAAGAGCGCCGGCGUACAGCGCCUCACCGAAUGCACGGACUGGUCCCGCUUCCGAACGGUGAUAGCACCCCUGCUGCGUUUGCAUCAGCGAGCCAUGGAGCGUCUCGGUGAUCCGUAUGCCAUAUGGCAGCGUGGUGGCUGCCACGCGUCGACAAGCAUGAAUGCGAAACACGACAAGACGGAAGCACAACACAAGACAACCUCGACGUCCUCGAAGGAAAAACGGAAGCAAACUUCCGAUAAUGAUUCGGGCGUCGGACGCUCGUUGGGCGUCUCGUCUACGAACACUACCAUACCUGCCACAGCAUUGGAAAAGUUUCUCGCUUUACUCACGGAGACGCUGAGGACUGGCAGAGCUUUUCAAGAAAUAUUCAAGCUCCUUGAAAUCGCUCUACGGAGACUGCUGCUCGUGUCGUCGUUCCCCGCAACCAUGACGACGCAAGGGCGCCUGGUACCCACGCUUCUUCAAGUGGUCGCUCUGCCGCUCUCCGGUACCGAGGCCGAUACUGCGUACCUGCUCGCCAUCCUUCUUUUAGGCAAAAUACGACGCAGCUCAGCCGAGCAUCUCCCGUUCCUCGCGGAGAAGCGGCAAGGAUUCGUCUCUGCGCCGACCCGAGGAAGCGGCAUUCUCCUCGCAGAGCAACGUCAGCAUGCAGUUGCUGCGCUGCUUCGGAGCCUACGCUCCCACUCCUGGUCGCUUUGUGUGGCGAGCGCUGCCCUGCUGGGAGCCCUGGGGCCGCAAGCACAAGCCGCGCCUGUUCCAGAAUCCGGGCAAACGCGCUGGGAUACUGCGCUUUGGCGCCGCAUUCGCGAAUGCCUUGACAGCUCGCGAAAAGUACCGCUUCAUCCAGCGAUUCGGCAAUGCUUACCCGCUGGUGGCAGCGAUAUCCGGCUCUUGUUUCACGCCUCACUUGCGGACUCGCUGGUACCGACAUCAUGGUACCCGGAGCAGCACCUGUGCUCGAUCGCUAUGGACAUCCUGCAAACCUGGGCGUCCUCCACCGUUCUGGACUGGAACGUACUUCGACUGUUUACUCUUCAGCUGCAGUCAUGGCUGCAGGAAUGGAACUGGCUUGUGGAGCGCGGCUAUCAGUACAGCGAGUCGACGGCAAACGCUACCCAAGUUUCGCAGCACAUCCUUCGCAUCUGGGCGGACUGGGCGUGCGCCCUCAGCUUAGUGACCACGACCGCCUGCGGAGACGGGACCACUAACCUGGCCCGCGUCAGUGCUCCCGAGCUCAUAGAAUCGGAGCGAACACUUGUACCCGUUGUCGCGGUCGCUCCGUGGACCUUCAUCCGAACCUGUGCACGGACGCAGACGCUCGGGUUUCAGUCGCUGAUGCGGGUGGCGCGGGCCGUGCACCAGAAACGUAUCGCGCUUUGUCGCCCCGCAUGGAAGCGAAUGACUUUUGUAGCUAGUCAAGGGCUCGCCACCGCUGCCUACGAUCUGCUGACUGCCGCAACCGAGCCCACUGCGGAGGAGUCUGCGGCCAAAAUUCGUGACGAAAGCCAGCUCUUUCCGCAGCUUAUAUACGCACUGGAGAGCGCCGAAAAGGCCCUUUUUGCAACAAGUCAGACGUAUCGGGAUCCAGGCCUGGUUCGACGCCUUCGACGUCCGGUAGCGCGAGACUUUAAGCUUGCCGCAUUUCAGACCUAA